UCUCUGGCGGCCAGUCGCGUUCACCAGUUGAACUGGCCAGUGAUUCCCUAGACGCUGAGGUAGACGUUCUUGAACGGAUCCAUCCAAAGUGAACUACUUUAGCGCCAUGUGCGUUGCAAUAAUUGGAAAGUGAAAGCACCGCACUCGAAAUUCAAUGUUUUGCGAUCAGUCAAGUAGAGAGCAUCGGUUCAGUUAUCAUAGUUUGUGAUCCCGAGAGCAUUUUUUGAAUCUCCAUCAAAAUGGCGAAAGAAGAAGCGAUGAGUGCUAGGACCACACUCUGGUACCUGGUGUUUGUGGGCUUCGCCGUGAACUACAUGAUUCGCAUCAACACAAACAUAACGAUCGUGGCAAUGAUCAAACAAUCAGAGACGGAGUUUGUCGGCCAAACGAAAGUAGACUACGCCUGCUACGCUGCGAAUGAUUCGAUCACUGCAGACGCCGGCACAUCGCCAUCCCUAGACACCGGGCUACUGCGAUCGCGCGGUGGCAAAGUCAUUUCUCCGGAGCAACUUCUAUUGCGGCUACUGAAGUUCGAUCUUCAGGAGGAUGGUUUCGAUUGGAAUGACUACCAGCAGGGCGUGAUACUGGGCGCUUUCUACUGGCUCCACUGGAUUACGCAAAUCCCGGGCGGUAUACUGGCACGACGCUACGGAACGAAGCUGGUGUUCGGGGCGAGCAAUGUGAUCGGUUGCUGGUUGUGUUUCCUGAUGCCGAUCGCUUCCUACUGGGACUACCGAGUUCUGGUGUUUCUGCGCGUUGUCCAGGGACUGAUAUGUGGACUGGCAUGGCCUGCCAUGCAUCAUAUGGCCGGUCAGUGGAUUCCACCGAACGAACGGAGCAAGUUCGUCACGGCGUAUCUCGGAAGUUCGAUCGGAGUGGCCCUUAACUUCCCACUGUUUGGCUUCAUCAUUGCGCACACUUCCUGGGAGUACGUGUACCAUUUCUGUGGCAUCUUCGGUACGGUUUGGUACGUGGCGUGGCUUUAUCUCGUGUACGAUUCCCCGUCGGAGCAUCCACGGAUCCAUCCGAACGAGCGUAAGUUCAUCGAAAGCUCACUCGGUAUCAGUGACCAUGGGACGAAGGGGAAAAGGAAGGAGGACACCGCAGCAACACCAUGGAAGAAGAUCAUCCUCUCGAAGCCCAUGUGGAUGACGGUCAUUGCCCAGUGGGGCGGUAUCUGGGGUUUGUUUACGCUCAUGACCCAAGCGCCGACUUAUUUCAAUAACGUUCAUGGAUGGAACAUCGAGAUGACGGGUUUGUUGUCCGGUAUACCGCACCUCUGCCGGAUGCUGUUCGCGUACGUGUUCUCCAUCAUCGGCGAUCAUCUGCUGAAGCACGAGCUAAUGUCCCGGACCGGUGUGCGGAAGAUGGGCGGUACGAUGUGUUGCGUCGUGAAUGGGGUCUUUGUGUUUGCGCUGGCCAACAGUGGCUGCAAUUCGUUGAUGGCAACCAUCUUCUUGACGUUGGCCACAACGGUGCAUGGUGCGGUUUCGACGGGUCCACUGGCCAAUCUGGUCGAUAUGAGUCCACGGUAUGCUGGGAUACUGCUUGGGUUCAGUGGUAUGAUUACGGUGAUUCCCGGAUUCGUGUCACCGAUCAUUGUUGGGAUGCUGGGCAAUCACACGGUAGAACAGUGGCGCAUCAUUUUCCUCAUCACAUCCGCCACACUAAUCGUCUGUGGUUUGCUGUAUAUGGCGUUCGCUGACUCGUCCCAACAAUCCUGGAACUCGACCGGUGUACCAGACGAUGGUAAGGUGGAGGAACUGGAAGGACUGCAAUCGUUGAACCACGGCCCAACCAGCAGAAACAUCGAACAGGAGCUAGAUUCCAGCAAAGAGCCCAAGACGGACGGAAUGAUUAGGUUAAGCUCAGUUUGACGACAGUAUUAGAUUGGUUCGACUUCUCCACCUCCUUCUCCAUCUCAACCGUGAAUAUGAAUAAACCAAAGCCUCGGGACUAGACACCUA